AUGAAUCCUUCUGACACUAUUAGUACCCCCCCUGAGCAGACCUCAUCAUGCACUGAUGCUGCGGAGCUCAUUGCCACUCCCAAUCGGUUUGAUAUUCUCUGUGGACAGUCCAAGCAAUGUUUUGAGUGGGAGGGCUCCCGCCGAUACCGUCUGGUGAUUGAUUCUUACUCCAGCAAGUAUGCGGCUGCUGGAAGCCGUCUGGAGAAGAUGGCAGUGACCAUGGAGAUCUACGAUCUGCUACAAAAGUCCAAGUCUCGCUUUUUACGAUACAAGGAGGCACAGGCAGCCUGGGAGGAAAUCCCAUUUCUCGGGGUCCGAGAUAAAAUUGGUCAUGCCCUUCGAUUUGCCAAUCGGGCAACGAAACGCCGCCCCAAGAAGGCAGGAGAAAAUCAGGUAAAAGGGUCUGCCGCCAAAAAAUCAACUGACAGUGGUGUGGCAGCAGCGUCUGCGCCCACACCCGCGCCUGUGCUUUCUUCGUCAUCAUCAUCCGAUCGAAACCCCUUUAGCGCUCAGCAGCAGCAGACCUGUUUGGGCGGCAUGAUGACAAUGAUGGAUUUUCAGAGACAGGCUCACGUCAGGUCGCAAAAGAAUCAGGUGAAAGCUGCACGGGCUUUGCACAAGCAAGUUUCGGCGGCAAUUGCAGCGAGAAAUCUUGCUGCCAGACUCCCCGCUAACAGACAAGCCAAGCAGGCGAAACUCAAGGAGGCGACAGUGACGCAGGUCUCUUCGACCGUUUCAGCGGUAGCAGCUAUUCCCCAAGCAGCAGAACCAAAGCAGGAACGAACCACUGUGAUCAAGCCCAAACCACGAACCCCCAAGAAUUUGGCCUUUGCUGCGUCUCUUCGGGCCCUUCAGCAGCAGCAGCAGAAGAAGGCGGCUGCCAUCAACGUUGCGGCUCAAGACAAGUCCCUGAAGACUCCCAACGAGGCGAAUGUUGCCACAAACAACAGCACGAAGGCGUCAGAGACGGGACUUUUGCGACCUACUCCACCCCUCCCCACUGGAAUCUCGAUGGAGAACCGAAGAGAUAAUCUGGAAGCUGCCAAGAACCAGUUGAUUCAAGCAUUUCACAAGAGCGCCAAGGAACCCACCGAUGCUUUACCGUUGGGUGAUGUUCAAGAAGACGGUGCCGCACAACCUGCGCCCACGAAAAAGAGAAAGAGGUGUCCCUGCGACGUGUCUCCCCCUCUUCCUACUAACAUCAUUAUUGGCCAUUCCGGUGCAGAUGAAAUGGUGACGGACAAGACGGCCCCUUCUCCUCGAAAAAGGUGCUGUACCAGUCCAGCCCCCUCGUCUUCGUCCGUAUCCGGGGCGGAGCCAUGGUCCAUCUUGCAAGAAUCUUUGGAAGACUGGGAAUCCGAUCAUUCGUCUUUUGACGAUCACGAGGUAACAAUGGAGUUGGUGCCGAAUGACCCGCACACCAUGGGCGUCGUGGCUUUGCAGUAA